AUGAGGUGCCUGCCUUUCUUGCAUGGAGACGCCAAAGAGAAGGAUCAUGUCACUAAGUCGGCCUCUGUACGGUCCAUGAGCACAACAUCAACAGAUCGCGAUGUCCGCUCCGGUUCAGACUUCACCUCCUUGAAUGUCUCAGACAUGAGCGCCGAGUCGAUAAGGAGGACGCAGUACCCCAGCUUCACUGACCGCCCGUCUAACCUGAGGGUGUUCUCCUUUGCUGAAUUGAAGAGUGCCACCCGCAACUUCAGCCGGUCUCUCAUGGUUGGCGAGGGUGGCUUUGGCUGUGUGUACAGGGGUGUCAUCAAGACCUCUGACGAACCGAGUGAACGAAUUGAGAUUGCUGUUAAGCAGUUGAAUCGUAAAGGACUUCAGGCAAGUGUUUCUCACCAUCUUUUAUUUUUUUUCCCCAGAGAAUAUGGACAGAAGGAGUGGUUAACAGAGAUGAAUGUGCUUGGAAUUGUGGACCAUCCAAACCUAGUUAAACUAAUAGGCUACUGUGCUGAUGAUGAUGAGAGGGGAAUGCAACGGCUUCUAGUGUAUGAAUAUAUGCCUAAUGGAAGUGUGGAUGAUCACUUGUCGAGUAGGUCAACUUCUACUCUGUCAUGGCCAAUGAGACUAAAAGUAGCUCUUGAUUCUGCCCGGGGACUGAAGUAUCUGCAUGAAGAAAUGGAAUUCCAGGUUAUUUUCCGAGACCUGAAAACAUCUAACAUUUUGUUGGAUGAAAACUGGGAUGCUAAAUUGUCAGACUUUGGUUUGGCUAGGCAUGGACCAGCAGAAGGUCUGACCCAUGUCUCCACAGCGGUCGUUGGAACUCAAGGCUAUGCAGCUCCAGAGUACAUGCAGACUGGACGCCUCACUGCGAAGAGCGACAUAUGGAGCUAUGGUGUCCUUCUGUACGAGCUCAUCACAGGCCGCCGCCCCAUCGACAAGAACCGUCCAAAGAGCGAGCAGAAGCUUCUAGACUGGGUGAAGCCGUACAUAUCUGACGUGAAGCGGUUCCCCAUCAUUGUCGACCCACGGCUGGAAGGGCACUACAACCUCAAGUCCAUGACAAAGCUGUCCAAAGUCGCGAACCGGUGCCUGGUCCGGAUGCCCAAGUCCCGCCCCAAGAUGAGCGAAGUGUAUGACAUGGUCCAGAAGAUCGUGGACAGCGUCGGGACCGGCCCGCCGCAGCCCCCGCUGCUGCACUACCGCGGCUCGGCCUCGGAGCCGGGCACCAAGCGCGCCAAGAAAGGCUCGCUGGGGAGGAGGCUCCGGGAGUUCGGGUUCGGCUGCCAGAACAUCGUGUGGCGGGGCUGGAAAGCCUGA